AUUAUAGAAAGGUCUUUACCAAAAGAUCUCAGGACAGAGAUAAGAGAGGAACUUUGAAAAAGAGAAGUUAAAAUCUUCCCAUCAUGCAAAGGUAAUAACAGGAAGAAGACUUGGUGGUGUGUUAGAACAAAACACGACACACACUGUGAUCUGUGGCAUUGAGUAUUCAGGCAGGGUAACCGGGCAGAGACUGUCAUGUUUAUCUUCGUGAUUCUGGGGCUGCUGGUCUGCACUGAGGCACAAGGGGUCAGUGCUGGGACUGUGUUUGUGCUGAAGGGAGAGGAUGUGCUUCUGAAUCUCACAGAAGAUGCUCUUAAGGACUUUAAUCAGCUUGAAUGGAAAUUUAAUGAAAAAGCAAAAAUAUUAACAGUUUCCCCUGGUAACAAUCCAAACAUAUCUAAGUAUAAAGAAAGGGUUGAGUUUCCUGUGAACAAUUUCUCUGUUAAACUGAAGAAUCUACAAGAGGCAGACAGUGGAGUUUACACUGCUACAGUGACAGAUAAUCCAGGAGUAGAAAGAACAGCAGCUCAAUACAAGAUUAAAGUUCAAGAUCGAGCGUCUCUUCCUCUCGUCACAGUGGUGAAUAACUCUGUCUCCGAUAGCUACUCCUCCUCCUGUACCUUCUCUGUGACCUGCAGCACACAGGACUCUCACAUCAACAGCGCUUUCAGAUGUGACAACCAAACCUGCAGUCAGGAGGGAGGAGAGCCAUCAGAGGUGAUCCCUGACACUUUUCUCCAGGUCCACCAAUCAAGUGGCUCGAUCAUCUGUAACCAUAGCAACCAUGUCAGCUGGGCCAACAGUACCAUAAUAAUCAAAGAUGUCUGCAGCAAACAUUUUGACCCAGGGAGACCCUCUUCUGAUAUCGAUGUGUGCCUGGUGAAGAUGUGUGUGUUCUCUGUGGGUCUGAUCAUCAUGGUGUCUGCUGUCAUCACUGUUCAUCUCAUGGAGAGGUUCAAGAAGAACCAAUAAACAAAUAGUUCUGGUUCCCAACCAGGGGUACGGGGACCCCUAGGGGUACUUAGGGGGAUUGCAGGGGGGGAAGAGCUCUAGUCUCAGCAAAAGAAGUUGAAACUGCUGGAAGUGAGUCUUAAUUGUAUUAUUUUCACUCACAAUAAGUGUACAUGUCAAAUUAAAAUGCAUCUCUGUUGAGGGUGAGUUAUAGAGUCAGAAAUAGUUCAUACAAGAACAAAUGUAGGUGAAUCAUCACAGCUGAGUGAGGGGGGUACGAUACCUACUAAAUAUAAUACUGUAGAAUGGUGACCAGCUCCAGGGGUACAACAAUGGUUGGGAACGUUCAAACAACCAAUGUUGCAUAUGUGUCUCAAACUCUUGUCUAGAAAAAUGUAGGAAAAGGGGUUUUUGACGAGUGAGUCCCUGAGGGUACAACGUGCAAACAUGGAUAUAAAUAUGUACAGUGUACAUGUGUGUACUUACAAUGCAUGUUGGCUAGUGAUGUAAACAUUGAUGCUUUGCAAGGAAAACACAGGAGGCAGCUUUCAAGAAAAUGCUGAAUAUUCAAGUCAUCAAGUAAUCUGUUUGUAGGUGAAAUGAUUCUGUUGCCUUCAGAUUACGGAGGUUUUCAUAAAGUCAGUCAUUAAAAAAUAUCAUUUUUAUUUGAAUGAUCAAGACGCAUUAAACAUGUUCAGUUUUUCUUCGUACAGUACGUUUUGUGCUCGUUUAUACUUUUGAAUGAAAGCAUUUUCUGCUACCUGCACCAUUUAAUAAAGCUUUUUUAUUGUUAUAUUU